CUUGAGAUUGACGUUUGUCGCACAACAUAACCUCAAAAUAAGAAAGCCAUUGAAAUGCCCCUCAAAGGCACUACCCCCGUGUGCCUGAAGUGCGAAACCAGCGAAUCUCCACUAUGGACUAACGCUGAAAAUCUGGGGGCAAUCUGUUUAGACUGUGUUAACGAAGCUAAGGAUAACCUCAAAUCGGAACAAGAGGAGGAAAACGAUGAUAAAUCUGAAGAUUCCAAAUCCAUUAAACGUAAACAACGAACUACUCGCUCAUAUAAAACUAGACUUAAUCCUUUUGCCAUCCCUAAAAUUGGGGCACCGAAGGGUAGAGGCAGAAGAGGCAUUUUUAAGAAGACGCCAAUUAAAGCACCCUCUGCUGUGGCCACUACAAUCACCUCUGAAUCAAUUUUUUAUAAAGGGAGUUACAUUCAAGUGGGUGAUAUUGUUUCAAUGCAGGAUGAGGAUGGUGAUAUUUUUUAUGCUCAAAUUAAGGGGUUGUUAACAGAUCAGUAUUGUGAAAAAAGUGCUGUGAUUACGUGGCUUUUGCCUACUCAAGAGAGUCCCCCGCCUGAGGAAGGUUUUGAUCCUGCUACUUACAUAAUAGGUCCAGAAGAAGAUGUACCAAGAAAAUUGGAAUGCAUGGAAUUUGUGAUGCAUGCACCCUCUGAUUAUUACAAAUCGAAAAAUACGCCUUAUCCAGCAGUACAUGCUCCUGCACAACCUGGGUAUAUAUGGACGUCAUUGGAGUCUAUUAGAAGAUUAUGUGGAAAGCCAUUUUAAAAUAAUUGAGAAACAACUUUAUACUGUAUUACGUAUUAUUUUCAGUGUAUUUAUUUACUUUUUUUCAGUGUAUUUUGUCGCUUUUUAUAUAAUUAUUGUAUUAAAACAAUCACUUUCGUUUUCUUUUAUCGUUAAAAUAAAUUACUUACACUGUA